AGCCCGGCAUGGCCUCGCGGGGUGGGGGGACACCCGCGGCGAGCGGGGUGAGCGGCCCCGCCGAACUACAGCUCCCACAAGGCCCGCGCGGCCUCUCGCCGCCGCCGCCGCCGCCGCCCCGGAACUACGCGGACCACAAUGCACCGCGCCGCCGGCGGAACUACCCGCCCCACACUGCGCCGCGGCCCCUCCCGGCGCGAGUCCGCGCACGUCUCGCGAGAGGCGGCGAGAGGCGGGAGCGUACGGCCGUUACCGGGUUCGCCAUGGCCGACGGGCGAGCCCGGGCCCGGCCCGGCCUCAGGCGCAGCGGCCGCCACAACGCGCGGGAGGCGGCCCAGACUGGAUUGAGUGUAGAAAAUAGGAGUGAGUCUGUCAGAAGCACCUUGGCGAAGCAGAGACUGGCAGUGUUCCCUGAUCUCAGAAAUGGCACGCCACGGCUUAUGCUCAAGAGAGUCAUGCAGAACCAGCCCCAGGUUUCACCGCUGGUACCUCAGAUAUCCAACCAUGAAGACACACAAGAAGCUCCUUCAGAGGUCACAUCUAAGAGGGUUUCCAGCAUGGGGGAAUUGCAGCUGCCAGACGUUGCUCCUGAGAACACAUCUAUCACUGUGUUCCACAUGACAAAGAAGAGAAGGAAACUCAGCAUUUCUGAAUUUGAGAGAGCAGCAGAGAGACGACUUCCGCAGUACCAAGCUCAGUCAACGCUGGACAGCACAAUUAUGACUCGAUCCCUCCGUAUGUCUGUGGGCUCCUUGCUGGCCCCAGAUACUGUUGAAAAGAGGGGUUUGCUCCGGAGGCCGAAAACCCGCAGGGCUGUUGACAUGCAAGCGUUUGAAGGCGGAGUGGAACAGAACAUGCUGAAGAGCAAAGGACAGAAUUAUUUUGUGGACUCACAAUCUGCAUCUGGGAUUCGAACAAGCAUCCUGACAAGUGAUGCAGAAAUCAUGAUGAAUAGCACAGAGCUCUUUGUUCAGUCCCAGCUGGAUGAACAGAGCCAAAAUAAAUUUUCUGCUCUUGAACCCCAGCUGUCAGAUUCAAAAACUUCAGCACAGAGGAGCCUGAUCUCUGAUGCAGAUCAAGAGGAAGCAAGGCUGGAGGGCCUGGUAUCUGGUGUGAGCGCAAACGAGGGAAGGACCCAAAGAUACUCCAAGAGCUCAAGCCUUGAUCGUGAGCAUGUUGACAGAAUGACUCAAGAAUCUCCAGAAACCCCUACAAAACAGCAAGAAGAAAAGCAAGCUCAUUCCCAGCAGAGUAACCCAAUGGCACGGAUUUCUUUUGCUGAAGAAGAGGUGGUUUGCACUGCAGAACAUGGUGCAAGUGCUGGAUAUUUAGAACAUUCGGAGAAGAAACAGGCUGAAAAAGCAGGAUUGCAGAUAACUGCAGCACAGGACAGCAGAGGUGGAACAGAAAUGGCUCCUUCAGCAGGAGAGGAAGUGGCAGAAGGCAGCAUUGGCGCCCAUGGCUCUCCUGGAGCUGAGCGUGAGAUUACCAAAAGCAUUGGAGCUGAAAGUCUGGGUAGGCACUCUUAUGCCUUUCCCUCAUCUGAUAAACCUGAGAUGGCUCUAUUAAAUGAAACUGAUGAACAAGAAGAUGAACUGCAGGACCAGGCUAUCAUGCUAGAGUUGGAUAGUUCAGUAGAAGAGCCUGCUGAGGAUGAAGCUGAACACCCUACAAGUCAAGAGGUUUCCAUGAAGACUCCUGCGUUUGUCCGUGCUCCGGCCAACAACCUCCUGCUGUCAACGCCACAUGUUGCAAAACCUGCUGCUCCCAGGUCUCCCCUGCAGCUGCUGCAGCCUAAGACAGUUCCAAAGAGAUUGGGAACAUCCCAGAGGAAACCAUAUGAGCCUCAAGUACCGAGGAGCUUGAUAAAAGAGAUAUUCAGACAUUUUGUUAAAAUGCCAGUGACCAGAGAUGCAUUCAAAAUUGUUGAAAAAUGCUCUGAGAGAUACUUCAAGCAGCUGAGCGAUGAUCUGGAAGCUUAUACCCACCAUGCAGGGAGGAAGACAGUGGAGGCAGCUGACCUGGAAGUCCUCAUGAGAAGGCAAGGGCUGGUGACAGACAAGAUGCCGCUGCAUGUGCUGAUAGAGCGUUAUCUCCCUCUGGAGUACCGGAAGCUCCUGAUUCCGAUUGCAGUGAGUGGAAAUAAAGUGAUCCCCUGCAAGUGAAGGUGCAGGGAUGGCCCCUGUGGGUGGGAAGUUUGCCUGCUCCCAGGGGCUGCCUGUGGGUUGUUCCAUGUCACUGCUCCUGGUGGUGCUUUUCCACACGUAACCAGUCAGGCAAGGACUGCUGGAUGUUCUCUUGAGUGGAGGCCGGUUGUGCUGUGGCCUCCACACCACCCUGCUGGGUCUUGCCAGCCUUUGUUACAAGUAAUUUGACUGUCCAUAUUUUUAUAUGUUACCUUUGAAUACUUGUACAGCUCUGAUAAAUAAAAUGUCGUAUGUAUUUUGUGUGAUGCCAAUGCUGCUUAUGCCAGUGAGCUGAGAGGCUCCUGCAUUGUGGUGUUCAAAAUGUUCCUAGCAGGCAUUUAGCUGUGUUUGUGCUCCUCAUGCCAUUCAGGUGUCUGUGUUUGACACACCUGUGUGGUUUCUGUGGCUCUGCUCCCCGUGGGAGUCAUGGUGCCCCUUUGUUUUCCACUGGUGUUCCUGUACAGGCAGUUGCUGCAUGGAGGAGCUGGUCCCUGCUGUGCUCCUCACAGAGGAAAACAAAGCAAAACUUCUGUGUACGAUUGUACCGCUUCCAGGGAGCCUAAACCAUACCAGGAGUGAGAUCUGACACAGCAAAGGGUGCUGAGGAAAGUGACUUUGUAGAACAGUUCAGAAGCUGGGAAAGAAUAAUGCCUGUCACAUAUCAGUUUCAGAGGGGUGGAGAUGGAUAUUGAACUUUCUCUUCAGUGUCCUUCAGGGGAGUCAGGGUGGCACGAGUUGUUUCUCCCUGUCUUGAGGCUGUCCUAAAUCCUGCUGCAAAUGUGGAUCCACCUCUCUGAAUUAUGCUGUGUGUGCAGUACAGCUUCCUCAAACUACAGCCAAAUUGCACAAUUCAUGGGGACUCCUGGAAAUCCAGCCCAGCUCUUAACAGCAGGAACUGGAAGUUAAACAGGUUUUGCACAACACUAAAGGGUAUAAUGGCCAAUAGAGUUUAAAUCUCUUCAGCAGGCAAUGCCAAUCCAAAGGGCAGGCAUUUUUCAAGGAUUGUUUUUUUUUAACAUAAUUCCAUUAGUACAACAAAGAGCAUUUUUUGCUGAUAGAGUGUGACUGAAGUGUUGGAAAAAAGAGGGUCCUUUGAGAAGCUGUGCUGGGAGCAGUGACACUGCUCCAGUAGUAAGAGCACUAUUGGGCUGACCCUGGGUUUGGAUGUUCCACAGGAAUUCAACUCACUGCAGCCUUUUCCUUAGACUGGGUGUAUUCCAGACAGUUGAUACCUGUUUGGCAGUCUGGAGUCUCAGAGGUUGUAACUUUUUGUAUCAAACUGGCUUGUAUGGAUAUCUAAAUAUAUAUAUCAUAACUAUAUAUGUAGUCUAAAUAUAUAACUAUAUAAAUAUUCUCUCAAGGAAGGGAGGAUCAUUCUGUCAAGAGAACCUUGUGUCAGACCUGUAACUUCAGUUGCAGAUCAAGGGAAUGCAGCUCUUGCCUUCAGUAGGUCUCCAGUUGCUCCGACAAUCAUGGCUUUGGAAUGAUGACAAGGGCCUGUUUAUUACUAUGGAGACAUGGAAAAAGAAUGGAAACGUGAAAUUAUGUGUGUCAUUUAGAGAAGAAUGAACUCAUACUAUAAGUCUGCUCAAGGAUCUUGUUUUUCUUCCUGCUGGACGUGAUUUUCACAACAGGAGUUCAGUUUACGUAGCGUACUC